GGCUUCUCCUUCUCGCAGAAGAUUCUUCCGCACACGCAACAAUUCCACAGCCGCAGAAGCUGAAGCCUGAAGAUUCAAUUCAAGACCACCACAGAAUCACUGGAAUCUUAACGCUCAUCUUCUUGGCCCCUUCUUCAAGCUUCCCAAACACCCACCCAUCAAUGGAGACUCUGCUCCCAAACCUUGGGCUCAGGCCAACCCACCUCUCCCCCAAGCCCACUUCACUGCCCCUUCGUUUUCGUCGUUUUCCGGGUUCCAUUCAUCACCCGCCCAGAAAAUGCAGAGAAUUUUCCCUUCAAAGUUCGCUCAGAACGAGGGCCGAUGCACAAUCUAGCUGUGAAGAGUUGGGUGGAGAGAAUGCAAGCUUGAUAAGGUCAAUUGCAAGAGGAUGUCUCAGUUUUGGGGCGGCUGCACUGGCAGCGAUGUCCAUUUGCUGUGAAUCCCCGGCUCUUGCCGAGUCUUUGACUGUUGCAUUUCCUGUUUCUCGUGCCCGUGAGGUGAAUACGGUUCAGAGAACUCUUGUGGAAGCUUGGGGAUUGAUCAGAGAGACCUUCGUCGAUCCCACUUUUAACCAUCAAGACUGGGAUAUGAAGCUGCAGCAAACUAUGGUGGAAAUGUUUCCACUCAAAUCAGAAGAUGCAGCAUACAACAAGAUCCGUGGAAUGCUUUCCACUCUUGGAGAUCCAUUUACUCGGAUUAUUAGUCCAAAGGAAUACCAGAGUUUUAGGAUUGGUAGUGAUGGAAACUUGCAAGGAGUAGGCCUCUUUAUAAAUGUGGAACCCAAAACAGGGCAUUUGUUUGUUAUGUCUUGCAUAGAGGGUAGUCCUGCUGCUCGUGCUGGUAUACAUCAAGGGGAUGAGCUACUUGAGAUCAAUGGAGAGAGGGUCAAUGGUCUUGCUAGCGAAGCAGCAGCACAAAAGUUAAGAGGGCGUGUUGGAACAAGUGUCACCGUAAAACUUCACAGUGGUAAUGACUCAAGCAGCAAUUCUGGUUUUCGAGAGGUCAAUCUAGCUCGUGAAGUGAUUAAGCUUUCACCGAUAUCCAGUGCAAUCAUCCCUCACAGAACUCCAGAUGGCCGCCUAUCAAAGACAGGAUACGUAAAGCUGUCAGCCUUCUCCCAGAAUGCUGCUGCUGACAUGGAAAAUGCAAUUCAUGACAUGGAGAACCAGGAUGUACACUCAUACAUACUGGACCUGCGGAAUAAUCCGGGAGGCUUGGUUAAAGCAGGACUUGAUGUUGCCCAAAUCUGGCUUGAUGGUAAUGAGACUCUUGUGAACACGAUCGAUAGGGAUGGCGAUAUGGUACCUAUCAACAUGGUCAAUGGCCAUGCCAUUACACAUGAUCCGCUUGUUGUGAUCGUGAAUGAAGGAAGCGCAAGCGCAAGCGAGAUUCUGGCGGGAGCCCUACACGACAAUGGCCGAGCUGUUCUUGUUGGGCACAAAACCUUUGGCAAAGGCAAAAUUCAGAGUGUUACAGAGCUGCACGAUGGGUCGGCUCUCUUUGUGACAGUCGCGAAGUAUUUGUCACCAGCGCGUCAUGACAUCGAUCAGGUCGGCAUAGUGCCUGAUGUACAAUGCACAACAGAAAUGCUGAAUGCACCCAGUGACAAGAGCCCUGCCUUGCCCCUUGAGGCAGACUCCUGUAUUAUGGUAGCUGAGCAUGAGCUUGACAUUCAAGAAUCUAAAGGUGCUGCAUCUUGACACACAUACACACGCACACGCACACGCACAUAUAUAUAGGAAAGAUGAGCCAUUGGAAUGCACAUAAAAAGCAAAUAGAUGGAGAAGGAAAAUAGGAUUCUCCAUUUCCCAUUUCUACAUGUAAAUGCACAGGGACACAUCUUAUACAAAUGUUUGUGGAACAAAUUUAUGCUUGUUUGGUUGAUAGCAUCAUCAAUAACAACAACCACUAGCCUUAAUUUUCGUUA